AGUUCCUAGCGAGGUCGUUUCACCACUUCCGGUCUCCUGCCUAAAACCGCGCCUGCGCGGGACGGCCCUUCCUCUCUGGGCCUGGACCUGAGUUACGGCAAUAUGGCCAAACGCACCAAGAAGGUCGGCAUCGUCGGUAAAUACGGCACCCGCUAUGGUGCCUCACUCCGGAAGAUGGUGAAAAAAAUUGAAAUCAGCCAGCACGCCAAGUACACCUGCUCCUUCUGUGGCAAGACAAAGAUGAAGAGGCGAGCAGUGGGCAUCUGGCACUGUGGUUCCUGCAUGAAGACAGUGGCUGGUGGUGCCUGGACCUACAACACCACUUCUGCCGUCACAGUCAAGUCUGCCAUUAGAAGACUGAAGGAAUUAAAAGACCAGUAAAAGCUCUACCAUCUGAGAUGUCCCUACCCUACAAUAAAUGGGUUAAUUUAUAUAA